GGCAAAAACUGGAGAGACACGUGGUUUUAAAAAGUUCCCGGGUGGCCGGGAGAGGUGGCACACGCCUGCCAUCUGAGCGCUUGGGAAGCAGAGGCAGGAGAAUGCCGCCUUCAGCGAGCACCUUGAUUUUGAGGCACUAACAAUGGACACUCAGAAAGACGUUCAGCCCCCAAAGCAGCAGCCGAUGAUAUAUAUUUGUGGAGAGUGUCACACCGAAAAUGAAAUAAAGUCCAGGGAUCCAAUCAGAUGCAGAGAAUGUGGAUACAGAAUAAUGUACAAGAAGAGGACUAAAAGAUUGGUGGUCUUUGAUGCUCGAUGAAACGUGGGGAUUCGGGAGAGUCUUCAUUCAUACAUUUGCCCCAUUGAUGUUUCUCGUACAGCUUUUGACUUAGCUUACUUAGGACAACAACUGUAAACCUCUGGUUUCAUUUUAGAAAUGUGAUUGUAUUUUGAUACUUUGUAUAAAGGAAUUUUUGGUUUAACAUAUGGCUUUAAUUUAUUGUGCUCUUAAUCUCUCACACAGUGAAGAUUAAAAUUGUUUCCCCAAACCACACUUUUAUUCAGAUUGUUUUGACCUUUUUCAAUUCAGCAUAGAUUGUACAUAGCCAGAAGAAAACGGUACAUGUAAAAGGAGAAUUACAAAGCCCACAGAAUGACAGCCAUUCUCCAGAUUGUUACAGAGUCUUUCUCAGCUGAAGUCCUUGGUGUGGGAGUUCAAGUUCACCUGGAACAUGUGAUGAUGUUUACAUUUAGUGAAGCGGCCUAAGGAUUAUCCCAAAGCUGGAGUCUUCAUCUAUAAACAUGCAUCAUUCUGUAUCAUUCAUUCUUUAUGCCCGCAAUGGCCGCUGCCAGCAGACUUGUCUAUACUUAAAGAGUGUAUCUUGAUUUGAUAAAGAGUAUUAUCAAAUUCCGUUACCGGCUGGGUGCACACCGGCUGCUUCGUUCAUCUAUUUUAACGAGUCUGAAAUGUAUUUGAAAUGGAAGUAAAUUUUCCACAAAUGA